UUAAUGAAUAGCUGAGCCAAACAUGAAGGUCUCGGCGACCUUGGGGCUCUCCGUUGUCGGUGUCUUUUGGCCGCCGGGCGGGCUGAGCUCGUCGAGGAUGACCUGGCAGUAGUCGACUUGGAUGUCAUGGGGUUGGGUGCUGAUCACGUGGACGUAUCUCCCUGCGACCACAUACACACACACACACACACACACACAAGUAAGACGAAAAAUCCCGAAUGUGAGCGACUUUCCAUCCCUUCUUAAAUUAAUGAAUACGUACCUGCUCCAUUCAUGAAGUUCUCGAGCUGAAACUGCGCGGUGGCCUCCGCCAACAUAUGAAACAGCUCCUGCCGCACACACACAUCACCAUCAAGGAAGGGAAUGGAUGCAAUCAGGAAUGCAUCUGUCUGUCUGAUGUCGAGGAAUGAACCGUCCCUUGUGUGGCUAUUCUGCCCCUGGCCUGCAUGCAUGGCCUCCCUCGAUGCCUGCCUGCCCCUCCCUCACCUCAUCCAUCGUGUUGUGUCGCGUCGUGCUGUUCACCUGUGGCUCGGGUCUGGUGACCAACUGCAAUAAUCCUGGCCCAACUGCAAUAGGAUAUGGUCCACGUGUCGAUGUACGCAUCAAGGUCACCGAAGCCUUGAGCUGUCCGGUCUGAUAUACACACACAAGACAGAGACCGACAUACACAUUCAUUGAUGGUCGUUUUCCUCAUGCAGCCAAGCUGCGAGGAGACAUGUGCUCCUCUGUCUUACUUCAGCGGGUGCGAUGCAUACGAAUUGGACCGGCGUGGGAGUGUGUAUGAGAGUCUCACAGAUAUAAAACGUAGGCAGCGAUCUGUCUGCAGACACAGAACAGGAGAGACACAGCAGAUUGUCUAUUGGCCUCGCAGUGAUCUCUCUGUGAACUGACCGAAACUACAGACAGAGAGGCAGACACAUCGCUCCCCUCCACAGCAGCUCUCACUUACCACCUGAGAAAGAAGGCUAGUGAUCUCGACCCCGUUUGCCUCUUGACCGUUCCCCGCUCCCCUCCUGCUGCUGCUGCUGUUGAGCACCUGUCUCCCUGCAGGGCUGAGAGAAUGGCACGGGCCGCCCAACGGGCCCCGCUCCCCCCGUUGCGGCGCGUCAGUCGACUUGACGCCAUCACGCAGCCCUGAACACGGCGUGGGGUCACUGCUCCCACCGGGGCUGGGCAGCGGGCUGGUCUGCUGCACCACUGGGGCAAAGGUGAGCGACGGGAGGGCGUUGGCGGGCAUGGGGGUCUCGUCUUCACUGGCCUCGCCGAACUCGGUGAGACGGAGAGGGGGCGGGACUGCACGAAAGACAUCACAGAUUAGACCAAAGACAAAAGGCACACAGAUACAUACAGUAGGUCCGUCCAUCUAUCAGCCACGUGUGAGCCUGUGCAUGUGUGUGUGAGACGUGAGGCAGAAUGUACCGGCCUGGAACACCGUGGGCAUGUCACGGGCAACAUACCAGAGGAUGCAGGCAGUCGACCCUAAAAUAGAUGCCAUCCCAUGCCAUGAAAACUCACAUGAUUGGACAACUCGCCUGACGUCUCUCACAUGCGUACCCUUCAGCUGCCAUUCGGGGAUGUGGAGGCGAACUUCAGCGUCGUUGAACCGCACCCAUGACAACGCACCGUUCACCACCGACUUGACGUCGCUGCACACACCACACAGACAGACAGACAGACAGACAGACAUGUGCUCUGUGGAUGCUCGCCCUGAUGGUGUGUGAGUGUCAGUGUGUCGGGUGCUCACGCAAAGCAGUGCCCACUCGACAGACUGCCGCGCUGGUGGGUGACGGCGUACAGGUCGUACUCGCGGCGGAUCGUCGGGCCCCCGAACCUGACACACACAGAUGCACACAUAUGGGCGAGUCUCUCUCUCUUGUUCUGCCACGUCCCCUCCCCGACCGACAUAAUACGUACCCUGCAGCUGUCCCUCAGGCUUGUUGUCCGGCAAAAACUUUGAGGUGAACUGGUCGUCGAAACGCACCCACGACUCGAUGCCACCAACCAU